AGGGGCUUGUCCACUUUUCCUGCUUCCCUGCAGGUCUGCUAGUCUGCUCGGAUUUAGUAGAUUUUAGGAAUUUCUUAGAAUGGCUGCAACUGUGAGUGAAUACGGUCCUGACUCAGGAGGUCGCAACAAAGGUGUGACUAUUGUGAAGCCUAUCGUCUACGGCAACUUCGCCCGGUACUUUGGAAAGAAGCGCGAAGAGGAUGGCCACACGCACCAGUGGACGGUGUACGUGAAGCCGUACGCAAAUGAAGACAUGUCCACGUACAUCAAGAAGGUGCUUUUCAAGUUGCACGAAAGCUACCCCAACCCCAGCAGAGUUGUCACGCGGCCACCCUACGAAAUCACAGAAACUGGCUGGGGAGAGUUCGAGAUCACGAUCAAAAUUCACUUCCACGAUCCGAAUGAGAGGCCUGUCACCCUCUACCACAUCCUCAAACUGUUCCAAACUGGACCUGAGGUGAUGCUAGCCAAGAAAUCCGUCGUUUCUGAGUAUUACGAAGAGAUUGUUUUCCAGGAUCCCACGGCCCUGAUGCACACUCUGCUGACCACGCCGCACCAGUUGACCAUGGGCACUUGGAAACACGACACAGACUUUGAAGAGAGGAAAGAAAAGGGUUUGCAGAGAAUUCUGUAUGCCAAAGAAGAGGUCAAGAGGGAAAUCAACAAUGUGAAGGAGAAAGUGACACUCUACAAAGAUGCGGUCAUCAAAAUCAAAGCGGAUAUUGCAAGUUUGCAGCAGUCUCCUUCUUCUUCGACGUUGACUGCAGUGUGAGUGUGUAAUUUGAGUGAACGAAUUAAAAAUAGGCUUUAUAUUCUAAA